CUGUUGCCAACUUAUUUUUUUGUAAAAUUCGGGUUGCCAACUUAUUUUACUAUUCAAAUUUCUGGUUCGAAGCGGGUGCGUCAAUUGUAAUUUGCAAACGUGUAAUUUUUAGCAAAUCGUUCUUUAGCAGUGAAACUGUUGAAAUUUUCGUUGGCUAAGCGCAAAUAAAAAGUCAAAAAAAUGGAAAUUGUUGUCAACAGCCCCAAAGUGAAAUACUGUGACAAUUACAUCGAAACGAAUUAUGACUAUUUAUACACCAAAGCGGAAAAAAGGGGGAACAAAAUUGAGGUCACCCCCGUCACCGAACAUCUGGUGAUACGGACCGAGAGCAAAGUCCCCCGUGUGGGGGUGAUGCUAGUGGGCUGGGGCGGGAACAACGGGAGUACUUUUACUGCGGCCGUUUUGGCCAACAAGGAGGGUUUGUCUUGGCAGACGAAGAAGGGAGUCCAGAAGGCGAAUUGGUAUGGGUCUGUUACCCAGGCUAGCACGGUUAGAUUGGGUGGCGAUGUCUACGUACCAUUGGGCAAGUUGUUGCCAACGGUACAUCCCGACGAUUUGGUGAUUGAUGGGUGGGAUAUCAGUUCGGCCAAUUUGGCCGAAGCGAUGGAAAGGGCGCAGGUUUUGGAGCCAGGGCUGCAGCAGCAGCUCAAGGCGAAAAUGGCAGCUUUGAAGCCGCGGCCGUCGAUCUACGACCAGGAUUUCAUUGCAGCAAAUCAGGCAUCUCGCGCCGACAACAUCAUCAAAGGAACCAAACUCGAACAAGUGCAGAAAAUCUGCCAAGACAUCGAGAAUUUCAAAAAGAAAACAAACGUUGACAAAGUCAUAAUCCUAUGGACAGCAAACACUGAACGUUUCACUGAAAUCGUAGACGGAAUAAACGAUACUUACGCUAAUCUCAAAUUGGCAAUUUCCUCAAACCAUCCAGAAAUCUCUCCAUCAACACUAUUUGCUUACGCUGCCAUUUCCAUGAAAUGUACUUACAUCAACGGCUCCCCACAAAACACCUUCGUACCGGGAAUCAUCGAAAUGGCAGAAAAAAAUAACGUUUUUAUCGCUGGAGAUGAUUUCAAAUCAGGACAGACCAAAAUUAAGAGCGUUUUGGUCGACUUUUUGGUCAGUGCAGGGAUUAAACCGACCAGUAUUGUAAGCUAUAAUCAUUUAGGGAAUAAUGAUGGGAAGAAUUUGUCCGCGCCCAAACAAUUCCGCUCCAAGGAGAUAUCGAAAAGUAACGUUGUUGACGAUAUGGUCGAUUCUAACGACAUUCUGUACAAACCGGGGGAAAAACCCGAUCAUGUGGUUGUCAUUAAGUACGUCCCAUAUGUCGGCGACUCUAAGCGUGCGAUGGACGAGUACACUUCUGAAAUAAUGAUGGGAGGUCUCAACACCAUUGUGGUGCACAACACUUGCGAGGAUUCGCUUUUGGCCACCCCUAUUAUCCUAGAUCUGAUAAUUUUGGCCGAGUUGUGCUCGAGGAUUCAUCUCAAGAAACAAGGACAAGGCGACCGAGAGUUUGUGGGUUUCCACAGUGUUCUCUCGCUUUUGAGUUACUUAUGCAAGGCACCUUUGGUGCCUCACAACACUCCUAUCGUCAAUGCUCUUUUCAGACAGAGGGCAUGUAUUGAGAACGUGAUGAAAGCGUGUCUGGGUUUGCCACCUGAUUCCAAUAUGUUGCUUGAGCACAAAGUGCCGUUUUUAAUGAAAGAUGAAGUUAGUAACGAGCCACAUAAAAAGAAGAUUAAAAUUCAGAAUGGCGGGCAUUAAUUUUUUUGUUUUGUGUUGUUGUUUCCUUCAGUUUAAUUUGAACAUAUCCUGUCCUGGUUGCUUAAAAUGUUGAUGUUUAUUGGAUGUUUUCCUUGAUAUGAUGGUUCAAAUCAUUCUGAUGGGCUGUACACGGACGGAACAUAAUUUUGUUAAUUGUGAUAAUGAAAGUAUUUUACUUUUGUACCUUUCACAGUAAUAAAAGUUUAUUGAUUGAA